UGGUCACCAAGGUGAACCCAGAAUGGUUCCCACCUUAACAUCGGCCCUGCUCGUGACGUCAGGUCGGAAAUAUACCAAAGCGAGCGGCGGCCAGGAGUCCGGGGAGCGCGGCGGCGCGGCGAUUGGGCGGCGGGCUCUGACGCGCGCUGACGCGCGGAGACUUUAGGUGCGUGUUGGCCGCGGCGGCGCGAGCCACAUAAACAAAGGCACAUUGGCCGCCAGGGCCAGUCCUCCCGGAGGCUCGCGCUCGGCGCCGCGGUCCUGCUCGCCGGUCCCGCCGGCCGCCUUCCGCGCGGCUCCCUCUCGGCUCUCGGCGUCCCGGCCCCCUUCGCCCCUCUCGCCCGCCCCUCCCCGACCCUGCUCCCGGACUCCCGGAGGGAACUACACUUCGGCCGAGUUGAAUGAAUGAAGAGAGACGCGGAGAACUCCUAAAUGAGGAGGAGAUCUGACAGGCUGGGCUCUCCAAUGCUUUUCUAAAAAUCUUGGAAACUUUAUCCUUCAUUGCUUUACGACACUGUCCACCUUUAAGUUCCUUGAAAACGCCUGUAACUCGGCUGAAGCCAUGCCUUGUGUUCAGGCGCAGUAUGGGUCCUCGCCUCAAGGAGCCAGCCCCGCUUCUCAGAGCUACAGUUACCACUCUUCGGGAGAAUACAGCUCCGAUUUCUUAACUCCAGAGUUUGUCAAGUUUAGCAUGGACCUCACCAACACUGAAAUCACUGCCACCACUUCUCUCCCCAGCUUCAGUACCUUUAUGGACAACUACAGCACAGGCUACGACGUCAAGCCACCUUGCUUGUACCAAAUGCCCCUGUCCGGACAGCAGUCUUCCAUUAAGGUAGAAGACAUUCAGAUGCACAACUACCAGCAGCACAGCCACCUGCCCCCCCAGUCCGAGGAGAUGAUGCCGCACUCCGGGUCGGUUUACUACAAGCCCUCCUCGCCCCCGACGUCCUCCACCCCGGGCUUCCAGGUGCAGCACAGCCCCAUGUGGGACGACCCAGGCUCCCUCCACAACUUCCACCAGAACUACGUGGCCACCACGCACAUGAUCGAGCAGAGGAAAACGCCCGUCUCCCGCCUCUCCCUCUUCUCCUUUAAGCAGUCGCCCCCCGGCACCCCCGUGUCCAGCUGCCAGAUGCGCUUCGACGGGCCCCUGCACGUCCCCAUGAACCCGGACCCGGCGGGCAGCCACCACGUUGUAGACGGGCAGACCUUCGCGGUGCCCAACCCCAUCCGAAAGCCCGCGUCCAUGGGCUUCCCGGGCCUGCAGAUCGGCCACGCGUCGCAGCUGCUCGACACGCAGGUGCCCUCGCCGCCGUCGCGGGGCUCCCCCUCCAACGAGGGGCUGUGCGCGGUGUGCGGCGACAACGCGGCCUGCCAGCACUACGGCGUGCGCACCUGUGAGGGCUGCAAGGGUUUCUUCAAGCGCACGGUGCAAAAGAACGCAAAAUACGUGUGUUUAGCAAAUAAAAACUGCCCAGUGGACAAGCGGCGCAGGAAUCGCUGUCAGUACUGCCGGUUUCAGAAGUGCCUGGCUGUUGGGAUGGUCAAAGAAGUGGUUCGCACGGACAGUUUAAAAGGCCGGAGAGGUCGUUUACCUUCCAAACCGAAGAGCCCACAGGAGCCCUCUCCCCCCUCGCCCCCGGUGAGUCUGAUCAGUGCCCUCGUCAGGGCCCAUGUCGACUCCAACCCGGCUAUGACCAGCCUGGACUAUUCCAGGUUCCAGGCGAACCCUGACUAUCAGAUGAGUGGAGAUGACACCCAGCAUAUCCAACAAUUCUAUGAUCUCCUGACUGGUUCCAUGGAGAUCAUCAGGGGCUGGGCCGAGAAGAUUCCGGGCUUUGCUGACCUGCCCAAAGCCGACCAGGACCUGCUUUUUGAAUCGGCUUUCUUAGAACUGUUUGUGCUGCGAUUAGCAUACAGGUCCAACCCAGUGGAGGGUAAACUCAUCUUUUGCAAUGGGGUGGUCUUGCACAGGUUGCAAUGCGUUCGUGGCUUUGGGGAAUGGAUUGACUCCAUUGUUGAAUUCUCCUCCAACUUGCAGAACAUGAACAUCGACAUUUCUGCCUUCUCCUGCAUUGCUGCCCUGGCUAUGGUCACAGAGAGACAUGGGCUCAAGGAACCCAAGAGAGUGGAAGAACUACAAAACAAGAUUGUCAAUUGUCUCAAAGACCACGUGACUUUCAAUAACGGGGGUUUGAACCGCCCCAACUACUUGUCCAAACUGUUGGGGAAGCUCCCAGAACUCCGUACUCUUUGCACACAGGGUCUACAGCGCAUUUUCUACCUGAAACUGGAAGACUUGGUACCACCGCCAGCAAUAAUUGACAAACUUUUUCUGGAUACUUUACCUUUCUAGACCUCCUCCCAUGCACUUCAAAGGAACUGGAAAGAAAACCUAAAACUGUCCAGAGGGGGCAAGUCACAAGGGCAGAGAUAACCCCUUGAGCUGUCUCAGCUCUAGCCACCCCACCCCAUCCAUAACCCCCCAGCCCCUUAAUCCUUAAAGGAAAACAAAAAAACAGAAAACAAAAACUGUUGCUAUUUCCUAACCUGCAGGCAGAACCUGAAAGGGCAUUUUGGCUCGGGGCAUCCUGGAUUUAGAACAUGGACUACACACAAUGCAGUGGUAUAAACUUUUUAUUAUCAGUUUAAAAAUCAGUUAAAUGUUCAGAAGAAAGAUUCCUAAUGUAUGAUGGGAAAUGUUUGGCCACAUUUGGUUGUUGCAGUUAAGAGAAAUGUUAUAUAUACACACACACACACAGACACACAAACACACACACAGACACACACACAUACACACACAUCGUAAGGGGACCCAUAAGUAUUGCCCUUUAAAAGACUUCAAAGUUUUCUGCUGUAAAGAAAGCUGUAAUAUAUAGUAAAACUAAAUGUUGCGUGGGUGGCAUGAGUUGAAGAAGGCAAAGGCUUGUAAAUUUUACCCAAUGCAGUUUGGCUUUUUAAAUUAUUUUGUGCCUAUUUAUGAAUAAAUAUUGCAAAUUCUAAAAGAUAAGUGUUGUUUGCAAAAAAAAAAAAAAUUAUAACUACACAAAAAAGGGACCAGCAUGUUGAUUCUAGGUUGAAAUGUUAUAGGCACUUGCUACUUCAGUAAUGUCUAUAUUAUAUAAAUAGUAUUUCAGACACUAUGUAGUCUGUUAGAUUUUAUAAAGAUUGGUAGUUAUCUGAGCUUAAACAUUUUCUCAAUUGUAAAAUAGGUGGGCACAAGUACUACACUCCAGAACAUCCUGACAAAAGGGACACAUAGUGUUUGUAACACCGUCCAACAUUCCUUGUUUGUAAGUGUUGUAUGUACCGUUGAUGUUGAUAAAAGAAAGUUUAUAUCUUGAUUAUUUUGUUGUCUAAAGCUAAACAAAACUUGCAUGCAGCAGCUUUUGACUGUUUCCAGAGUGCUUAUAAUACACAUAACUCCCUGGAAAUUACUGAGCACUUUGAAUUUUUUUGUUUUUUUUUUAAUGUCUAAAAUUGUCAGUUAAUAUAUUAUUUUAUGUUUGAGUAAGAAUUUUAAUAUUGCCAUAUUCUGUAGUAUUUUUCUUUGUAUACUUCCAGUAUGGCACAUGAUAUGAGUCACUGCCUUUUUUUUCUAUGGUGUAUGACAGUUAGAGACACUGAUUUUUUUUUCUGAUAAAUUCUUUCUUUGAGAAAGACAAUUUUAAUGUUUACAACAAUAAACUAUGUAAAUGAACAGAA